AAUUCAUUCGGUAAUUAUUAUAAUAAACUAAAAAGACUAGCAUCUCUUCCUUCCAACUCAUGAAAACAUAAGACAAUGCAAUCCAUUUAUAUCUCCAUACCACCUUCUCACACGGCGGAGAUCCUCCGACCACCUAUAUAAACCCCGGCCGACGCCGACAUGGGCGGAUGCGCUUCCAAGCCUCCGCGGAGCAACCCGUACAGCGACUUACCGGAGCAACCAAACACACCGGAACAUGAUCACCACCGGGAAUCAUCCGCCACCGGAAAAUCAUCACCUUUCUACAGUCUCAGCCCUAUCCAAUCAUUAUUGGGCAUCGUAAAGUCUCCGGCUCGGCCGUCUGGCGGCGGAAACACUAACACGGUGUUUCCGCCGCCCUCGCCGGCCAAACAUAUAAUGGCUGUGCUGAUGAGGCGGCGGAGGAGGAAAGAUGAUGACCCGGAAGUGGUGGCGGGUCUGGACAAGAGGUUCGGGUUGAAGAAACGGUUUAAGGAAGAGUACGAGGUUGGAGAUGAAGUGGGACGAGGGCAUUUUGGGUAUACUGUGUCUGCCACGUGUAAGUCCGGUGAUCAUGCCGGUGAAAAAGUCGCCGUUAAAGUCAUACCCAAGGAUAAGAUGACAUCGGCUAUCGCAGUGGAGGAUGUGAGAAGAGAGGUGAGAAUAUUGCGAGACUUGUCCGGACAUGAUGAUAACCUCAUACGAUUCUAUGAUGCUUUUGAAGACAAUGAUCAUGUCUACAUGGUUAUGGAAUUAUGCGAAGGCGGUGAGCUUCUUGAUCUAAUGCUUUCAAGGGGUGGGAAAUUCACCGAAGACGAGUCAAAAAACAUGACAAUUCAGAUACUAAAUGUUGUUGCAUUUUGCCAUCUACAAGGCGUGGUGCAUCGCGAUCUUAAACCCGAGAAUUUCCUGUUGAAAUCGAAGGGUGAUGAUUCCCGAUUGAAAGCCAUCGACUUCGGGUUAUCUGAUUUUGUUAAGCCAGAUGAAAAACUGAACGAUAUUGUUGGAAGUGCGUAUUAUGUGGCACCCGAGGUUCUUCUUAGGUCAUAUGAUACCGAAGCUGAUGUUUGGAGCAUAGGCGUAAUAUCAUACAUUCUUCUAUGUGGUAGUAGACCGUUUUGGGCCCGGACCGAGUCAGGCAUUUUCCGGGCUGUCCUCAAAACGGUUCCAAGUUUCGCGGAAACUGCAUGGGCUUCACGAUCUCCACUUGCUAAAGAUUUUGUCAAGUGUCUCUUGACUAAAGACCCUCGUAAACGGUUAACCGCUGCCCAGGCUCUAAGUCACCCAUGGAUUCGUGAUCAUAACACGGUGGAAGUACCUAUUGACAUUCGAGUUUUAAGAACGUUAAAAGCCUACACGCUUGCAUCUCCUUUGCGCAAGGCGGCUUUAAAGGCAUUGUCGAGUACAUUGACUACAGAGGAUCUCUUUUAUCUUAAGAAACAAUUUAUGCACUUAGCGACAUCCGAGCGCGUAACACACAGGAGCAUUAAAACGGCGUUGUUGAAGCAUGCAACAAAUGCAAUGAAGGAGUCCCGAAUCAUAGACUAUCUCAAUUGGCUGACUGCCCUCGCAUUAGACUUCGAUGAUUUCUGUGCCGCUGCGAUUAACGUUCAUCAACUCGAAGCACUUGAUCGUUGGGAACAACUUACCCAAUCUGCUUACGAGAUUUUCGAAAACGAUGGUAACAAGGCCAUCAUUAUUGAAGAACUAGCAUCGGAACUGGGGCUCGGACCUUCGGUCCCAUUACACGUUGUUGUGAGCGAAUGGAUACGGCAUUCUGAUGGGAAACUAAGCUAUCUUGGAUUUGUGAAAUUGUUGCAUGGAGUGUCCACUAGGAACAACCGAAGGUUACGAUAACAUUCAGUUCUCUGGUGAGGGGUAACAUGGGUAUAUCAUUUAUAGGACAAACGAAAAUAAGAAUGGAUUCAUGAUUCUUUUUAUCAUGUAUAUAUGAUUUGUAUCAAGGUCAAGAACAUGAGUUUAGUUUUUGGAAUAUGCAAAUAUGAAUAAUAGAAGCAAUGAAUAAUUAUUGUAUA